UCUUAUUUAAAAAAUAAUGGCUACAGCUAGUCCUUACAGUGCUCAAGGUGCUCAAGAAAAGGUAAAGGAAGUUUUGGUUCGUCUUGAUACCGAACUCUCCAAGUUCAAAUACGCCAAUGAUUUUGAACAAAAGACGGGUGUUCCCAAAAGCUAUGUUGCCCUUGGUGGUGCUGGUAUUGUCUUUUUGAUGAUUUUCUUUAAUAUUGCUGGUCAACUCUUGACAAGCAGUAUUUCAUGGUUGUAUCCUGCUUAUGCUUCUUUUAAGGCCAUUGAAUCUGCAGACAAGGAAGAUGAUAAGCAAUGGUUAACUUAUUGGACUGUAAUUGGUUUUGUUCAAAUGAUGGAAUACUUCUCUGAUAUUCUUCUCUAUUGGUUCCCUUUUUACUAUCUCUUCAAGACUUUGCUUGUGCUUUACUUAGCCUUGCCUCAAUUUAAAGGUGCUGAAACUCUUUACAAUCGCUUCUUGCGUCCUUAUCUCCUUAAUGCUCAAGGUGAUAUCGACAUCCAUACCAACAAAUUUAAGGCUAAGGUGAAUGAGUUUACUUCUGAAUUGACUGGUAACAAAACUGAAUAAAUGAUUGUUUCAAUCCAAACAUUAUGUGCGUAAAACGAGAUGUCACAUGCUAUUAAAACAAGGGACACCUUUCUUGAGUAAAGAAAAAAAAAGUCUAUCUAACAAGAGAAAAGAUGAUUGGAUAAAAAGACUGAC